AUGGUUUCCACUCAGUUUUCUAGUUUUACCAAGGGUGGCUACAAACCGUCACAGGCUCAGUUACUCAUUCCUGCAAGCCUUCCUGAUACUGUGAACACGGAGCAUAUUGAGCUAGAUUUCUCUGAUGUCUUUGGUCCAGUUACUGUAGAUUUGAACAACAUUGAUUCCACUACUGGUGAACCUGUAGAAGAAGUGAAUGAACUGGUCUAUGAUGACCCACCAAUCAUUUGCACCCGCUCUCAUUCUCUGGUUGGCCCUUCUACUUGUGUUAGUCAAUCAGUUAAACUUAGCAAACUCACCAUACAUGAGACUGAGGAUUCAUUGGAAUUAGUGGAUUAUCUCGAUGGAGAGACCAAUAAGGACAUCAAAGAAUCUCCCAUUGUUGAGGAGUCUGCUAAAGAUGAAGAAGGGAAUCUCAUGAAGAUCCAGAGAGUUAGCAUUGAAGAUUUUGAAGUUUUGAAGGUUGUGGGGCAGGGUGCAUUUGCGAAAGUAUAUCAGGUGAGGAAAAAGGGUACUUCAGAAAUAUAUGCUAUGAAGGUUAUGCGGAAGGACAAGAUUAUGGAGAAGAACCAUGCUGAAUACAUGAAAGCUGAGAGGGAUAUUUGGACGAAGAUAGAACACCCUUAUGUUGUUCAACUUCGAUAUUCUUUUCAGACAAAAUACAGACUAUAUCUCGUGCUUGAUUUUGUAAAUGGGGGCCAUCUCUUCUUCCAGCUUUAUCAUCAAGGCCUUUUCAGGGAGGAUCUAGCACGCAUAUACACUGCUGAGAUUGUUUCUGCAGUUGCCCAUCUCCAUUCAAAUGGAAUAAUGCACAGGGAUCUAAAGCCUGAAAAUAUCCUACUGGACGCUGAUGGCCAUGUUAUGUUGACUGAUUUUGGCUUAGCAAAACAAUUUGAAGAGAGUACAAGAUCAAAUUCGAUGUGUGGUACAUUAGAGUACAUGGCACCUGAAAUUAUUCUUGGCAAAGGCCAUGAUAAAGCUGCUGAUUGGUGGAGCGUAGGUGUUCUACUGUUUGAGAUGCUUACUGGAAAGCCGCCUUUCUGUGGUGGAAGCCGUGACAAAAUUCAGCAGAAGAUAGUUAAAGACAAGAUGAAGCUGCCAGCAUUUUUGUCAAGUGAAGCACAUUCACUGUUGAAAGCGCUGCUACAGAAGGAACCAACGAAGCGGUUAGGUAGUGGAGCCCGGGGGGUUGAGGAAAUUAAAGGACACAAGUGGUUUAAGCCAAUCAAUUGGAGAAAGCUGGAAGUAAGAGAAAUCCAACCAAGCUUUCGGCCAGAGGUAGCUGGCUCGCACUGUGUUGCCAACUUUGAAAAGCGCUGGACUGAUAUGCCUGUUGUGGACUCUCCAGCUGCCAGCCCAAAUGGUGGAAACCCGUUUAAGGACUUCUCUUAUGUGAGGCCUGCAGCCUCUUUUCUUCAGAGGAAUAGCCCUGCUUACUAG